UUUCUCCUCUUCUUUUUCUUCUUGUUUUUUUUUCAAGUAUCUAUCGCCAGCUUCAUUUUUUCUUUAGGUACCAUUCCCAGCAGCAUCCUUGAGUUUGUGAAAGUAUGAUUUAGCUAUAAUCAAGAUGGAACCGUGUCGAUUAAUAUUUUUCGAGGAAGAACACAACAGUGAGGGUCCUAACACUCCACGAGACCAACAAGAGCAAACUGGAUCUCAGUAUACCGAGAAUCAAAAGAUUGAAGAAUCGAAGGUUGAUAUGAUAUUUGAGACUCAAUCAGAUGUUAUUGAAUACUACACAAAAUUUGCCAAACAAGAGGGAUUUGGAGUGUCAAAAAGAACAUCGACUACUGGGGAUUAUGGGGAGGUAAAAUAUUUCACCAUAGCAUGCAAUUGCCAUCAUAAGCCAAUAAGCAAGUCAUCAAAAGUUGAUCGGCCAAAACCGAUAGGAGGGACAGGUUGCAAGGCUAAGAUUAAUGUAAAGCAAAUAGCAGAUGCAAGGUAUCAAUUAUCCAAUGUCGUCAUCGAACACAAUGAUGCAGUAAGCCCGAGUAUGUCAAGACAUAUUGCUUGCCAUAAAAAAUUAUCAAGUUGGUCGAAAAAAAGAAUUGAAAUGAUGGAUAAAGCCGGAAUCCGUUCGGCUAAAAAUUACAAAGCUAUACUUGUUGAAGGGGGUGGAUAUGAGAAUCUCACUUUUGGAGAGAAAGAGUGCAGGAAUCAUAUCAACAAAAUUUGUAAUAAGUUGCUUGGAGAAGGAGAUGCAGAGCCAUUUCACUAGUACUUGGUGCGGCAGCAA